UUGCGUAUCAGGUGAUACCGGGGCUUAAAUGCUCCCAUGAUGCUUUCAACAUUCUGCAAAAAAGACCUUUUGAAGUCAACAAAUUGCAAACAAGUACGGCAGCCUUUCAGAUUCCUGGUGCCACUGGCGGAGGGCUCCGGUGGGCAGGGUAUGGCACCCGCCAUACCUUGAUUUUUGGCAAAAAAAAAUUUAUACCUAUGUAUCUAUCGCUUUUGACCUGGACAUCGGCGCUCGACCGCUCGAGAGCCUCGACGUACCCCACUGGCCCACUCAGACCCACCAACGCGCGCGGCACCCACCCAGACCCAAACGCGACAGUGCGACACCCACCCAAACCUAGCGCGGCGGCGGCGGCUGGCCAGGUCGCGAGGACCAGGCGGACGCGACGACGGCAGUCGACGGCGGCAACGGGCUGGGGGCUUGGAGGGCUGUUGCACAGCGGCACCUUCAGCGGCGGCUCCAGGCCUCCCGCGGCGCAGCAAGCGGCGGCUCCAGGCCUCCAGCGGCGCAUCAAGCGGCGGCUCCGGCGGCGGCCGCAGCUGCGGCUCCGUCGACGACUUCACCAGCGGCUCCAGCGGGCGACGGCGAGAGCCGAAGUCGGGGAUUUUUCUGAGUGCCAGAAGAUGGAAGGAAGGGGGAAGGGACUAGCAAAUUCAAAGAAAAGGGGAAGAGAUUUGAAAAGGUAUUUUAAAGUGAUUGGUAGUGACAGCAGCUCAAAAACGAAUCCAAGCACCCGCGAAAGUGUCAAUAUUUCAGCAAAUGUCAAUCAUCAAGAUCAAGUGACUUCCAUGGAAGUAGAUCAUGAAAAUUUGAUGCCAACCGAACAAGUGGAAGAACAAACUACAGAUUCCGUCGAAGCUAUAGUGGAAGAGAAUGUUGAAGUUCACGGGAUUGAAGGUAUAACUAUUUUUAGUGAAGAUUACAUAAAGGGUGAUCCAGGACUUCGCAUUCCACUCGAUAGUUUUGCCCCCAACAUUAGAGAUGAUGUUAGAUUUGCUUAUAUACGAAUGGGUGCAACUCAACCAACUAGUUGCACUUUCCCCCCAAAUAGAGAUGGAAGAUGCUUCCGGCCACAAUGGUAUAAGGAUUUUGUUUGGUUGGAAUAUAGUGUAACAACACAUAAGGCUUAUUGCUUCUGUUGCUAUCUUUUUAAGCAUGACCGAAUAGAUGAUAAAUUUGGGCAUGAUGUCUUCUCCAAAUUGGAUUUUGACUGUUGGAAAAAUGCGGUUGCGGCAUUUCGUAAACAUGUUGGUGGGCCAUGUAGCAUCCACAAUAUAUCAAAAACAGCAUGCGAUGAUUUUAAAAAUCAAGGGGCAAGUGUGAAAAGUAAAGUUACAACUUACAGCCAAGGUUCACUUGUCAAGUAUGAAACUCGUGUGGAUACAUCUUUGGGCAUUGUAAGUUACCUAGCAUUGCAAGGUGAACCAUUUCGUGGACAUGAUGAAUCCAGUUCUUCUUUGAACAAGGGGAAUUUUUUAGAGUUGCUUGAUUGGGUCAAAGAAAGAAUUCCGGAAGUGAAGGUUGCAUUUGAUGAGCUAUGUCCUCAAAAUGCCAAAAUGACUUCCGGGACAAUUCAAAAAGAACUUGUCAAACAUUGUGCAACUGCAGUCACCACAGUAAUCAAAGAAGAGAUGGGUGAUUGUCUUUUCACUGUUCUUAUUGAUGAGUGUCGUGAUAUAUCGGUGAAAGAACAAAUGGCCGUGGUUGUCAGGUAUGUCAGUACUUCAUCUUGCAAGAGGAAGGAUAAAUUGCUUGACAAGCAAAAGGAAGAUCUUUUGGAUAAGAUUGAGAGAGGUGAGAUGCCCACAGGAAGAGGGAAAAAUCAAGAAACAUCGUUGGUCAGACCUGGAGACACAAGAUGGGGAUCUCAUUACACAACCUUAUCUCGCAUUGAAUCAAUGUGGGAUGCAGUCAUAGAAGUUUUGGGCAUUGUUGAGGAUGAUGUGCGUGUUCCAUGUAGGGCAGGAGGUUUGGUUCAUCAAAUGGAGACCUUUAGCUUUGUGUUCAUCCUGAAGAUGAUGCUAAAAAUCCUUCGUAUCACAAAUGAUUUAUCUCUUCUAUUGCAAAAGAAGGAUCAAAAUGUUGUUCAGGCAAUGUCAUUGGUUACAGAUGUGAGAACACGUUUGGUCAACUGGAGAAAUGAUGGUUGGGAGCCACUCUUGGAAGAUGUCAAAGUGUUUUGCACCAAAAACGACAUUCCAAUACCAAGUAUGGAUGACAUCUUUACAAAGUGGGGUAAAUCAAGAAAAGGUGGACGAAACAAUGUGACGGCUGAUCAUUUUUUUCGUGUGGACACCUUCUAUGCUGCUAUAGACUCCAUCACCACGGAGUUUGAUCAUCGUUUUAAUGAGGUAUCUUCAGAGCUGCUCCAGAACUUCUCUUGUCUUGACCCAAGAAACUCGUUUUCUAGGUUCAACUUGAAUAAGCUUGCUAGGCUCACAGAGAUUUAUCAUGAUGAUUUCUCUGACUAUGAACGUGAACAUAUAGAAGAUAACCUUGAUCUAUUCAUUAUCCAUAUGAGAAGAAUUGAAGACUUUAGAGCUUGUCAUGAUAUUGCAAGCCUAGCUAAAAUGAUGGUUGAACUUGAAAGGCAUGUCAUGUUUCCUACUGUUUAUCGCCUCAUUGAAUUGGCAUUGCUACUACCGGUAGCGACGGCAACUGUUGAAAGGGCCUUCUCAUCAAUGAAAAUUAUCAAGACUGAGUUGCGCAGCAAGAUGACCGAUGGUUGGCUUAAUGACUUGAUGGUUUGUUACAUUGAGCGAGAGAUCUUCAAAAGUAUAGAUCUUGGUAAAAUUAAGCAAGAUUUUCAGAAUGAAGGUAGGGCAUUGCCAUUGCCUGGGUCUUCUAGACGCCAUUGAAAGCUUCAUUAUCGUGAUCAUAAGAAGACUAUGUGGCUCAUUCACUGCAGUUAUCCACUCCCCUUAAAUUGGAUUUCAGUAUAUGUCCCUUUGUCAUUAAUGGUUUUGGCAGCUCUCCUGCCAACAUUCAAAAAAGUACUAUGGCACUGCCAUGUCUGCAUGACUGGUAGUUGAGUGGAGAAGAAUACACUGAAACUCGACGCAGAAGGGUAGCAUAUCCUGAAAUCUAGCAUACAAUAUUCCUUUGCCACGCUUGACUUGAAUAUCCCGUCAACUCUUUCUUUUUCAAAACCAACUUGUAAAUAGCCUGGUCUUCUUGGCAGUAUCAAGACAAACUCAUUCUGCACAGAAAUGAACAGAGGGCAACAACUUCCGGCGUGUUUGGCCGCCCCAGUCGCGGCCGAGGGCUGUCAAGUACUCCCUCCGUUCCAAAUUACUCAUCGCAGAAAUGGAUGUAUCUAGAACUAAAAUACAUCUAGAUACAUUCAUUUCUGCGACGAGUAAUUCAGAGCCGAGGGAGUAGUAACCAUGCUCAUAAUUUAGCAAAUUGUGAUUAUGAUUAUAAUCAUAAUGAUAAUUAAAAUCACCGCUCGUUGUGUUGUCAUAAUCAUAAUCAUAAUCUAGAUACAUUCAUUUGGUCUCGCUUUGUUUUUUCUUUUUCUUUGGGCUUGUUGAGCUGUGCCCUCAGCAGAACCUUAUGACUUUGUUGUGGUACUUGGGUGUGUGUGUGUGGACUUGGUGUGGUUGUA